CCAAAAAGAUGAAGGAAGGAAGGUGUUGCUAGGUUGGGUUUGAGUUGAGAGUGUUGUUCCUUCCAACGAUGGCUUGUUUUCUUUUUUUUUUCCCUUUUUUUUCUUCCCUUUGACGGAGGGAAGGAGAGAGGGGGGGGGGGGGAUUGAUUGAUUGGGACUGGUAGGUUACUGGGACCAGGCUGAUGCCAGUGCGAACGGGAAGGAAGGAGGGGCGAUGAUGACUGGGUCGCACUUUCCCUUCGGAUUGCGUUCCUUACUUGAGUCGUGGGGGAGGUGCGGUUGGUGGUGGAAGGCACGGAGUGGUGGUGGUGGUGGUGGUGGUGGUGGUGGUGGUGGUGGUGCUUGCCGUGGCCGUUGGGCUUUCUCUGAAAAGGAAAGCGACGGGCUGAGAAAUGGUGCGGCAGGCGGAAAGAUCGACGGGUAAAAGUCGUUCGUUCCUUCUUGGGAAUGUUUCUUUAUCCUCCUGAGGUCUUCUUGUUCGACGUCGUCGGCCUCGGUGUUUGGCGUAGGUUUCCUUUCCUUGCCUUUCCUUUCUCUUUUCUUACACAGCUCCUUUCUGUUCUGUCCGUGCGACUUUCGAUCUUUCUCUCGUCUGCCCGUUUGUGCGUGGCUUUCCAAUACGCUUUUACCACGCGAUCAGUUUCGACAAUGUCCUUCCGAGUUUUCCGCUUCGUUUUUAAUUUGCUUACUUCACACGGAGCAAAAAAAGAAAAGCAAAAUCUUGUCCACUGGAUAUCGGGCAGGCGCAGUACUUCGUGCGAUUGUCUCUCCUCUGCUUUCUUAUUCGGCCUCGGAAGACGGCUGUAUUUCUCUCUCUUUCUCGGCCUCCGAAACAGGGUGACCCGCGACUCAACUCGGGCUACACGGUACUCGGCGGGGUCGCAGGGGUCGGAUGUGAGGUUGGCAGAUGCACAACUUCUCGUCGUUCCUCGAUCAAUGACUGUCGUCCAAGACUCCCAACUUGAGCUUUUCGAAUACGCGACCAAGUGCAAAGGCUGCGCUGGAGUGCGACGUGCGGCGGACUUGCUGCGAGCGACCUGGAGGGUUGAGGGGAGGUGAGGGAAACGACUCGAGAGAAAGCGGCGCGGACGGGCGAGGGUAGAAAAGGCUCGUUCGCCCA